CGCCACGUGCGCGGUAAGGAGCCGGAGCCGCUGCCGCGCGCGCCAUGGGGAGCAGAGGGACGCCGGGCGCCGAGGUUUGCCGCGGCAGAGCUGAAGAAAGACCUGCCCCUCACACAUGGUUGAUGGCCUGCGUGGAGAGUACUGAGAGUGGAGUCUGUGGAGUCCCUCUGUAGGGACCUGAGCACAGGGUGGAUUGUAUCUCGGGGUGCUGCUCCCCACUUCUGCAUGGUUAGAGAAUCACAGUGCCUGGGUGUGACAUCGUCAUGAAUGAGAGAAGAAAGUAAUACAGUAUUGGAUGUGCCUGUUUGCUGCCACUGUUUAGAGAGAAAAUGAUGCAUUAUGGGGAAUCACUCAAAAGGAGUGAAUGAGAUGAGCUAUCUGGGUUAUAGUAUCUGAAGGGCUAAGUUAUUCUCUUGGAGAGCCAUUCUAAAUGAGCCUGACCGAGACACUGGAUCUGUGUGAAGAAGACUAAGGAUAUAAUAGGAUGUCAACUGAGACAGAACUUCCAGUGGCUGUUAAAACCAGCGCAAAGAAAGACUCCAAAAAGAAAGGUCAGGAUCGCAGUGAAGCCACUUUAAUACAGAGGUUUAAAGGUGAUGGUGUCCGAUACAAAGCAAAACUGAUUGGGAUAGAUGAGGUUUCUGCAGCGCGAGGAGACAAGUUAUGCCAAGAUUCCAUGAUGAAACUCAAGGGAAUUGUUGCUGCGGCUCGUUCGAAAGGAGAACAUAAACAGAAAAUAUUUUUAACUGUCUCCUUUGGAGGAAUCAAAAUCUUUGAUGAAAAGACAGGACUCCUACAGCACCAUCAUGCAGUUCAUGAAAUUUCGUACAUUGCAAAGGAUAUCACAGACCACCGAGCCUUUGGAUAUGUGUGUGGAAAGGAAGGAAAUCAUAGAUUUGUGGCAAUAAAAACAGCCCAGGCAGCUGAGCCUGUAAUUCUGGACUUGCGAGACCUGUUUCAGCUCAUUUAUGAAUUGAAACAAAGGGAAGAAAUGGAAAAAAAGGCACAAAAGGACAAGCAGUGCGAACAAGCAGUAUACCAGACAAUUUUGGAAGAAGAUGUAGAAGAUCCUGUGUACCAGUACAUUGUGUUUGAGGCUGGACAUGAGCCAAUCCGUGAGCCUGAAACAGAAGAAAACAUAUAUCAGGUUCCGACGAGCCAAAAGAAGGAAGGUGUUUAUGAUGUGCCAAAAAGUCAACCUGUAAGUCUGCAGAAUGGAAACUUAUUGCUGGACAUUGAUGAAAAUCUUGUUACAGUCACUCAGGCUGUUACCCAACUAGAGCUUUUUGGGGACAUGUCCACUCCUCCUGAUGUAACCUCUCCCCCAACUCCUGCAACUCCAGGUGAUGCCUUUAUCCCAUCUUCAUGCCAGUCACUUCCUGCUAUUACAGACACAUUUGGUUCUGUACCUUUCAACACUGCUGCUGUACCCUCAGGUUAUGUUGCAAUGGGAGCUGUCCUGCCCUCCUUCUGGGGACAGCAACCACUCGUUCAACAACAAUUGGCCAUGAGUACUCAGCCUCCAGUUGCUCAGGUGAUGCAGGGAGGACAGCCAAUAGCAUGGGGCCAACCUGGUAUUUUUUCUCCUACCCAGCAACCAUGGCCAUCUGUAGCUGGUCAGUUCCAACCAACUGCCUUCAUGCCAACACAAACUGUUAUGCCUUUACAAGCAGCCAUGUUUCAAGGUACCAUUGCUCCCAUAGCUACUGUUCCACCCACAAGCGAUUCCACCAGAUCAAGUCCACAGACAGACAGGCCCAGACAGAAAAUGGGAAAAGAAAUGUUCAAAGAUUUCCAGAUGGCUCAGCCUCCGCCAGUGCCAUCACGAAAACCAGACCAGCCUUCCCUCAGUUGUACCUCAGAGGCCUUCUCCAGCUAUUUUAACAAAGUCGGGAUGGCACAGGAUACAGAUGAUUGUGAUGACUUUGACAUCUCUCAAUUAAAUUUGACUCCUGUGACUUCUACAACGCCAUCUACAAAUUCACCUCCAACCCCUGCUCCCAGACAGAGUUCUCCAUCAAAAUCAUCAGUCUCUCAUACCAGUGACCCUACUGCAGAUGACCUCUUCGAAGAGGGGUUUGAAAGCCCAAGCAAAAGUGAAGAGCAGGAAGCUCCUGAUGGAUCUCAGGCCUCUUCCAACAGUGAUCCAUUUGGUGAGCCUACUGGUGAUACUAUAAGUCCACAGGUCGGUAGCUAGAUAGCGCAGGUUGGGAAACAGAACCUCUCUACGCCCAGAUCAACAGACCUAAGAAAUAGCAUUAUUACAGGCUUGUGGUGCUUCAAGACUCCAGUGAAAAUCUACAACCUGACAGGCCUUUUGGCUCUUAUGCUUGUUUUUGAUUGAUCCUGUCUGACAAAGGGUAGAGGAUUGCCCUACCAAACGUACCUGACAGUUUUUGGCAAUGAAUGGCAAAUUUCUAUGGCAGCACAAACAUAAAAAUGAGCCCUGCUUACCAUGCCAAGCAUCUGAGUUCUGAGCACCCACAGUACGAAAUCUUACUCCUUGUUCUUUGUUUAAACUCUUCUUUACAUCCCACCUGAACAAUGGGCAUUUGAAAUUGAAUAAGUACUAGCCAUUGUUUUUCUUUUAAACAAAAAAAAAAAGCAGAAUCCAUAUGUAGCAGUGGCAUCGUCAUUCAACAGCCUUUCAGGCACAAGUCUGCACUUUUUAUGUCACGGUGACAUGUUUCUCAUUGUCAUGUAUAUCAGGCUACUCUUGACAUUCUAUUCCCCUCCCUCACCUCACCUCACCUCCGUCUUGGCAUAUUUAAAAAAAAAAAAAAGACAGGCUGUGUUAUUUUUUUGUAUUUCUUAUUCUGUUGUUUUGUAUGGGUAACAGAAAUUAACAGCAAAAUGCCUCCUAUGGAAAUGAUUCUUAACUUGAAACCGCAGAAUAAAACUGUGUUGAUUAUC